AUUUCUUCUCGGUUACCGCGGCGCUCAGCAUGUCCGGCAGAGGCAAGGGCGGGAAGGGGCUCGGCAAGGGGGGCGCCAAGCGCCACCGCAAGGUGCUGCGCGACAACAUCCAGGGCAUCACCAAGCCGGCCAUCCGCCGCCUGGCGCGGCGCGGCGGCGUCAAGCGCAUCUCGGGGCUCAUCUACGAGGAGACGCGCGGCGUGCUCAAGGUCUUCCUGGAGAACGUCAUCCGCGACGCCGUCACCUACACCGAGCAUGCCAAGAGGAAGACGGUCACGGCCAUGGACGUGGUCUACGCGCUCAAGCGCCAGGGACGCACCCUCUACGGCUUCGGCGGCUAAAGUAAUCUGACGUUAGACUGCGCUUUUAAAACACCCCAAAGGCUCUUUUCAGAGCCACCCACUUACGCUGGAAAAGAGCUGUGUCCUUUCAACCUAGUCGUAACUUAAUACUGAAACCACUUUUUCACAACUUUGAUAUGUAAAUAGUUUGCUAGGUAGCCCUGUUAAGAUUAAAGUACUAAAGUAGUUACAUGAAACUGCGCUUCUCUGUCAGACUGGGGAUCGUCACUCAGAAGUGAAUAUAUACAGCCAUAUCAACAGCUGAUGGCUUCAGCACUUGCUUCACCGAGAAAUUUGGUUAAAUCGCGGGAGAGGCUCUUUGAGCUCCGUGCCGGGGCAGGCGCCGGCGAAGCCCUAAGAGUCCGUUAGAGGUGCUGAGGGUGUGAACAAGGCAUGUAGGAGCGGAUUCGUAUUCAGAUCGCUGUGUUCUUCACAGGGCCG